CUCAGUGCUAGUGCCUUUCCAGACACCUCAUUUGAUCCUCAGACAUCGCUGAGAGCUGAGAGCCAGAGGGUGGGUGAGGCUUCAGAGAUGUCUGACAUCCUGCGGGAACUGCUCCGUGUCUCUGAGAAGGCAGCUAACAUCGCCCGGGCCUGCCGGCAGCAGGAAGCCCUCUUCCAGCUGCUCAUUCAGGAGAAGAAGGAUGCAGAGAAGAACAAGAAGUUCGCAGCAGAUUUCAAGACCCUGGCGGAUGUGCUAGUGCAGGAAGUUAUAAAACAGAGCAUGGAGAACAAGUUUCCAGGCUUGGGGAAGAAAAUUUUUGGAGAAGAAUCCAAUGAGUUCACCAAUGAUUUGGGGGAAAAGAUCACUGUGGAACUACGGUCCACGGAGGAGGAGACAGCAGAGCUUCUCAGCAGAGUCCUUGAUGGCAACAAGCUGGCAUCUGAAGCGUUGGCUAAGGUGGUGCAUCAGGAUGUGGACUUAACUGACCCCACUCUGGAGUCCCUGGAGAUCAAGGUCCCACAGGACAUUCUGGGGAUUUGGGUGGAUCCCAUCGAUUCAACCUAUCAGUAUAUUAAAGGUUCUGCCGAUGUUAAGUCCAACCAAGGAGUUUUCCCCAGUGGACUUCAGUGUGUGACCAUUUUAAUUGGCGUCUAUGACUUACAGACAGGCAUGCCCCUGAUGGGAGUCAUAAACCAACCUUUUGCGUCUCAAAACCUGACGACUCUAAGGUGGAAGGGACAGUACUACUGGGGCCUUUCUUACAUGGGGACCAACAUCCAUUCCCUGCAGCUCGCCACCUCUAAAGGUGAAAGCCAGACUGCAAACUCAGACAUGGAGUUCUCCCGCCCCUGUUCUGCGGUCAUCAGUACAAGCGAAAAUGAGACCAUCAAAGCCGUGCUGUCGCGAGUGUGCGGAGGUGGCGUCUUCCCGGCAGCUGGGGCGGGCUACAAGAGCCUCUGUGUAGUCCAAGGCCUGGUGGACAUAUACAUCUUCUCAGAGGACACCACGUACAAGUGGGACUCCUGUGCAGCUCACGCCAUUCUGAGGGCCAUGGGUGGGGGCAUUGCAGACAUGAAAGAGUGCUUGGCGAGAAGUCCCGAGACGGGGCUGGAUUUGCCACAGUUGCUGUAUCACUUGGAAAACAAAGGUGCUUCUGGGGUGGACCUCUGGGCCAACAAGGGAGGACUGAUAGCGUAUAGGUCCAGGCAUCGGCUGGACACUUUCCUGAGCUGCCUCAUCCAAAACCUCGGGCCUCUGAAGACACAGACAUAGGACUCUGACCUCAACUCGCCCUUGAACCGAACUGAACCUCUUCUUGUUAUCUCUAUCUGUCAAAUAUAGUUUUGUCCUGUUGGUUAAUGUUCACUGUCCUCUUUGGAGGAAUAUUUUUCUCAUUUUUGUGUUCAUAAUGUUGAUUUCAGUAAAUUAAUGACAUUCAUGUUA